CCGAGGCUGAGAGUAGCUGCCGUUUCUGAGAGGACGAUUCGCAAGGAGGCCCCUGGGGCGGUUUCCCUUUGCUCUCCCCUCUGCGGGCCCUGGCCGUACUUCAGCGGUGUCUAGAGGGUGGUCCGUUCUCGUCUACCUGCCUGACUUUCUGCAGAGGUAACUGUGGUUGGCCCAGUAGUCGGCUGUCGAAAGUGCCGGCCCCGGCGCCGGCGCCGGUUGCAGCCGGGUGGGAAGGCUCAAGAUGGCGUGCCUGUUGGAGACCCCAAUCCGCAUGAGCGUCCUUUCGGAAGUAACAGCUAGCAGUCGCCACUAUGUUGACAGGCUAUUUGACCCUGAUCCCCAGAAAGUUCUACAAGGUGUCAUAGACAUGAAAAAUGCUGUAAUUGGAAACAACAAGCAGAAAGCCAACCUCAUUGUUCUAGGAGCUGUUCCAAGAUUAUUGUACUUGCUUCAGCAAGAAACCUCAAGCACAGAGUUGAAAACUGAAUGUGCAGUGGUAUUGGGAAGUCUUGCUAUGGGUACUGAAAACAAUGUUAAGUCUCUACUCGAUUGCCAUAUUAUCCCUGCCUUACUGCAAGGACUACUGUCCCCAGACCUGAAGUUCAUUGAAGCUUGCCUCCGAUGCCUGCGCACCAUCUUCACCAGUCCCGUUACUCCAGAGGAACUACUGUAUACAGAUGCCACAGUGAUACCGCAUCUCAUGGCGCUGCUUAGCAGGUCCCGCUCUACCCAGGAGUACAUCUGUCAGAUCUUCUCACACUGCUGUAAAGGUCCAGAUCAUCAAACAAUUUUAUUUAAUCAUGGUGCAGUUCAGAAUAUUGCUCACCUACUAACCUCAGUAUCUUACAAAGUUCGAAUGCAGGCACUGAAAUGCUUCUCAGUUUUAGCUUUUGAAAACCCCCAGGUAUCGAUGACCCUGGUAAAUGUUUUGGUUGAUGGAGAAUUGUUACCACAAAUUUUUGUGAAGAUGUUACAGAGGGAUAAGCCCAUUGAAAUGCAGCUCACAUCAGCAAAAUGUUUAACUUACAUGUGUAGAGCUGGAGCAAUUCGGACAGAUGACAACUGUAUUGUAUUAAAGACAUUGCCUUGUUUGGUUCGAAUGUGCAGUAAGGAGAGGUUACUAGAGGAGAGAGUUGAAGGAGCUGAGACACUCGCCUAUCUGAUUGAACCAGAUGUUGAGCUACAGAGAAUUGCUAGCAUUACUGAUCACCUCAUUGCCAUGCUUGCUGAUUAUUUCAAGUAUCCCAGCUCUGUGAGUGCCAUCACUGAUAUUAAAAGGCUUGAUCAUGACUUAAAGCAUGCUCACGAACUUCGCCAGGCUGCAUUCAAGCUCUAUGCCUCUCUUGGAGCAAACGAUGAAGACAUCCGGAAGAAGAUCAUUGAGACUGAAAAUAUGAUGGACCGAAUUGUGACUGGCUUGUCUGAGUCUAGUGUCAAGGUGCGGUUAGCUGCCGUCAGAUGUUUGCACAGUUUAUCUAGAUCUGUGCAGCAGCUUCGAACCAGUUUCCAGGAUCACGCCGUGUGGAAACCUUUAAUGAAGGUUUUACAAAAUGCACCAGAUGAAAUCCUAGUAGUAGCGUCUUCCAUGUUAUGUAAUCUUCUUCUUGAAUUUUCUCCAAGCAAAGAGCCAAUUUUAGAAUCAGGAGCUGUAGAGCUACUUUGUGGAUUAACCCAAAGUGAAAAUCCUGCUUUACGAGUGAAUGGAAUUUGGGCUUUAAUGAAUAUGGCAUUUCAGGCUGAACAAAAAAUAAAAGCAGAUAUUUUACGAAGCUUGAGUACUGAACAGCUAUUCCGGUUAUUAUCAGAUUCAGAUUUGAAUGUGCUGAUGAAGACAUUGGGCCUUCUUAGAAAUCUCCUCUCUACUCGCCCACACAUAGAUAAAAUAAUGAGUACUCAUGGAAAGCAAAUUAUGCAAGCUGUCACCCUUAUUUUGGAAGGGGAACAUAACAUUGAGGUCAAAGAGCAGACACUGUGCAUCCUAGCCAACAUAGCAGAUGGGACAACGGCAAAAGAACUUAUUAUGACCAACGAUGACAUCCUGCAGAAGAUCAAGUAUUACAUGGGUCAUUCACAUGUCAAAUUGCAGCUUGCUGCUAUGUUUUGUAUAUCAAACCUCAUAUGGAAUGAAGAGGAAGGCUCACAGGAACGCCAGGAUAAAUUACGAGACAUGGGCAUCGUAGAUAUUCUGCACAAACUGAGUCAGUCACCAGAUUCAAAUCUUUGUGACAAGGCAAAGAUGGCACUGCAGCAGUACCUGGCGUGAUGGGAACGCCCUGGGCGCCUGCGAGCAUCCCACAUCCUUGUUAAAGGAAGUACAGGAACUAGCCUCACUUGAUUCCUUCUAUUUGCACAAGUCACCUUGGACUGCAGGGAGCUGUUUUGCAAAAGCAGUUUGGUAGGCUUAGAUCUCAAAUUCACCUUGAGAACAUUUGUUUGAGGUAGUGAUUUCCUCAGAGAACUGCUGUGUUGUGUUUUGUUUCUUUCUGAGCUACCUGGACUCUAUUAGAACAAUCAGUUAUUUUCCUUUGGACCUACAAGUUUUUGCCUAUGCUGCAGACACUUUGUGAGGGAGAAUGGCUGUGUGUGCGUGUGUGUGUGCGUGUGUGUGUGCGCGUGCGCGUGCGUGCACGUGGGUCGGGAUGAAUGGACGUGUGUGUGUGAGGGAUACCUCAACGUUUUCUUUUCUUAUUUUGUGUGAAAAUCUCUUUUCUACAGAUUCUCCAGGGUUUAAGCAUUGCUUGCUGUAUAAAAAUCUUUACCGAAUUAUAUACAGUUUGAAUGAAAUGUUAUUUUAAAAACAAAACGAUUGUUAAGUGUUCCAUAAAGGUUAUGUUGGAUUUUGGUCAGAUGAAUAUUUGUAAGUAAAAAAUAUAUGCAUUUCUGAA